AUGUCUGGCAAGGAAUCGCAGGUGUUUUCUGGCUCUUCGAAUGAAGAUGUUCGGUUGGGGGAUUUGGGGUAUGAGCAGGAGCUCAAGCGUUCAUUUGGUUUGUUGGGCAUGGUCGGGUUCAGCUUCAGUGUCGUGACAUCAUGGACAGCACUAUGCGGAGUCUUCGUCGUUGGUAUCACCUCUGGCGGCCCUCCCGUCAUGGUUUUCAGUUUCCUCGCCAUUAGCAUCAUCACCCUCGCCGUUGCAAUUCCGAUGGCCGAAAUGUGCUCUAUGUAUCCUGUUGCCGGUGGACAAUAUUCCUGGGUUGCUGCGUUAGCACCUCCAAGUAUUGCUCGAGGCCUAUCAUAUGUGAGCGGUUGGUUUAUGCUUAUUGGUGUUCUUGCAAUGGGCGCAACAAACAACUCCAUCGCCGCCAACUUCGUCCUCGGCAUGGCAAACCUCGUCUUCCCUUCCUACACAAUCGAGCGCUGGCAAACAGUCCUAGUCGCCUACCUCGUUGCCCUCCUAGGCACAGCAGUCAACCUCUGGGGCGCGCACCUCCUCAACCGGAUCUCCCGGUUCAUCCUAAUCUGGAACGUGGGCUCUUUCCUCAUCACAAUGAUCGUCCUCCUAGCCACGAAUGACAAUAAACAGCCCGCUUCGUUCGUGUUUCAGGACUUCCAGAAUUUCACUGGAUGGGGUUCGUCGAUGGCUGCGAUUGUGGGUAUACUCCAGGCUUGUUUUGGGAUGUGUUGCUAUGAUGCGCCGUCGCAUAUGACGGAGGAGAUGAAGUCUGCGUCAAAGGAGGCGCCAAAGGCUAUUAUUCUUUCUGUUAUACUUGGUGCUGUGACUGGGUUUGCCUUCUUGUUGACGUUGUGCUUUUGCAUUGGCGAUAUCAACGAGACUGCGAACACCACGACCGGUGUCCCGGUUAUUCAGAUCCUCUACGAUUCCACGGGUAGCAAAGCGGGUACUUGUGUGCUGGCCAGCAUGAUCUCUGUGAUUGUCAUUGUUGCAGGGAACAACCUCAUCGCCGAGGGAUCGCGGUCUAUCUAUGCUUUUGCGCGUGAUCAUGGUCUUCCCUUCUCGGGGUUCCUUUCUCGCGUCUCGACGAAGAAACAGGUUCCUGUGAAUGCUGUCCUGCUCACACUGGCUGUGCAAUUGGCACUUGACGCAAUUGACUUUGGAACAACAACAGGCUUCGAGACAGUCAUUGCCAUCGCCACUGAGGGCUUCUACCUGUCCUACGCAACAGCCCUCAGCAGCCGCCUCCUGGGCUAUGUCACUGGCCACAAAACCCACCUCACAGGCCCAUUCUCCCUGCCUCUCCCCAUAUCAAUUGCCUUGAAUGUCCUUGGUUUAUUGUUCCUGCUCUUCGCAGCAAUUACGUUCAACUUUCCCACGACGUACCCCAUCUCGCAUGAGUCGAUGAAUUAUACUUCUGCUGCGAUUGGAGUUAUUGCUGUUAUCGCGCUGUUUACAUGGUUGACGACGGGGAGGAAGAGGUUUGCUGGGCCGGGGGGUGUCACUUUUAGUUGA